AUGAUCAAGGGAAGAGCCGUUUUUAAGAAUGCUGCUAAGGGAUGGGCUUCCAUUGGUUUCCGAACAGGAUUUGAUUACAUGACUUUAGUGGACGACAAUGGAGGAACUGAUUACCCAAAGAUGGGUUCAUCCACUUUUUACGUAGGCUUCCGAGAUGCUUACCUUAAUCAUUAUUUUCAAGAAUAUACAAGUAAUAGCGACGCGACUCCUCAGCUCUGUUCAAAGCAAUCAGGCAUCGGCUUCACCCGAUCCUUGAACACUUCCCAAACGAAUAGUGAUGAUAUUCACAUAAUAUUUGAACGGCCUCUAAUCAUGACAACCUCAGUGCUAGGGUAUUACCAAUUUCAAAACGGAGACAAUUCAAGCAUCAUGUUUGCAAAAAACACUGAAAAACCUGUUCCUGCUUCGAAAUAUUUAGAUGACAUGUGCCGUCAUAAUCAUGCAGAAGUGAUGCCCUUAAACUUUUUUGCUCCAAGUACUUGUCUGGACUCGCACCUAAUACCACCAGUUCCAGACUAUUUGGAGCCAUUGCCAUCGGAUUAUUACGACAAGUUUUCAAAAGAAAAAUCAAAAUCAAAUCCAUCUCGUUCGAUUUCCUUGUUGAAUGCGUUUAUUUUGUAUUUUGUGAUUGGUGUCACGUUGUUUUACAUGAGAAAUGCUUAA